GUGUCCACAGAGGCCAGAAGAGAGAGGACAUCAGAUCCCCUAGAGCUGAAGCUUGUGAGCGGCCUGACCCCGUCUCUGGGAACCAACCCAGGUCCUCUGGAAUGUCAGCACAGGAUGCUAACCACCACGCAAUCCAGCUAGACCUCCAUUUCCUUCUCGAUCACUGAAUACCAAUGGUUCCUGAAUAGUUAAUUGCAAUCCAAAAGCAUAAAGGUUGAACCGUGACACCUAACGGGGAAUGCUCUUUACAACACUAGACUGCAUUACUUUCUCCUUGGAAGCCUAGGCGCACGCGCACGUUCCUGCGGAGGUGGAAGGGUGUCCCGCCCCUCGCUCAAUAACUCUUCAGAUAAUCUCGCAGGCGAAUCCUGAGUGGCGAGGAAAUGCAACCAAUCCACGAAUGUGUCCGGAAAGCGGCGCUCCGCAGUGGUUGAUAAAGUCUGAUGACGUACGCACCAUCCAAUGCGCAAGCGAAGGGCUGGGCUAGAGUCAGCUGGUGAACCACCUGACCGGAGCCUGGAGCCGGAAGCUACCUAUCCCGUAGACUGCUCCCCCUGCACCUACGGCUGCCAUGACUUCCGCACUGACCCAAGGGCUGGAACGAAUCCCAGACCAGCUUGGCUACCUGGUGCUGAGCGAAGGUGCAGUGCUAGCGUCAUCUGGGGAUCUUGAGAACGAUGAGCAGGCAGCCAGCGCCAUCUCAGAGCUGGUCAGCACAGCCUGUGGCUUCCGGCUGCACCAUGGCACGAACAUCCCUUUCAAGCGCCUGUCUGUGGUCUUUGGUGAACACACGCUGCUGGUGACUGUGUCAGGACAGAGGGUGUUUGUGGUCAAGAGGCAGAACCGAGGUCGGGAGCCUAUUGAUGUCUGAGCUAUAAAAGGCACUGGCUGGAGAAGAGGACUGCCUCUGGGGCCUAUGGCGGGGGGACAUCAUCUUCUACUGUGCUUGUUGGAGCUGGGCUUGUGCUCACCACCUCCUUCCUGACACCCACCUGAGGCACAAAGGCUUGGCAACCUGUGUGCUAAGGAAAAAGGGAAACUAUGACUAGGGGGAUCCCCUUUCUUCCCUUCUGCGUAAUAAACUCUAGUCCAACCCUUCCAGGGCUCA